AUGGAUCGCCUCAACAGAAUGCUGGCCGGCGCCGGCGGCAUGGGUGGCCUUGGAGCUGCGCCCGGAUCUGACAACUCCAGCCUCAUCGACAACUCGGAGACGGUCUACAUCUCCUCCCUGGCUCUGCUAAAGAUGUUGCGACACGGCCGGGCAGGUGUGCCUAUGGAGGUCAUGGGUCUUAUGCUGGGCGAAUUCGUCGAUGACUUCACAGUCCGGGUCGUCGAUGUCUUUGCCAUGCCACAGAGCGGCACCGGCGUGAGUGUCGAGGCCGUGGACCCAGUCUUCCAGCAGAAGAUGAUGGAUAUGUUAACACAGACCGGAAGACCUGAAUCUGUCGUCGGCUGGUACCACUCGCAUCCUGGUUUCGGCUGUUGGUUAUCAUCAGUCGAUAUCAACACCCAACAAUCCUUCGAACAGCUGACACCCCGCGCCGUCGCCGUCGUCGUCGAUCCUAUCCAGUCCGUCAAGGGCAAGGUCGUCAUCGAUGCUUUCCGCCUCAUCAACCCUCAGUCUUUGAUGCUGGGCCAGGAGCCCAGACAAAGUACAUCCAACCUGGGACACUUGAACAAGCCCUCCAUUCAAGCCCUCAUCCACGGCCUCAACCGACACUACUACUCCAUCGGCAUCGACUACAAAAAGACCGCCCUCGAGGAGAACAUGUUGAUGAACUUGCACAAGCACGUCUGGACUGAGGCCCUGCAAAUGGAGGACUUCAGACACGAGCACGAACACAACAAGGAACAGUUCCAGAAGCUUGUCACAUUAGCCGACGGUUACGAGAAGAGAGUCAAGGAGGAGAAUGAGCUGACCAAGGACCAGCUCAAGACCCGUUAUGUCGGCAAGCUCGACCCGAAGAAGCACUUGGAAGAUGUUGGCCAGCAGCUCAUCGAGGACAACAUUGUGCGCGUGUCGAGACAAAUGAUCGACAAGGAGGCCACCAUGCCCAAGAAGGAUUCCGCUGCCAACGGCCAAGCGAACGGUGAUCACAUGGAUGUUGAGGAGUUGUAGAAAGACAUAUUUGGGCAUGACAAAACUUGCAUUUUGAGGGCAUGGUUGAUCUUCGGCUGUGUAUCAUAGGCGUUGGAGGAACUCCCGGCCUGAAUAUAGAGGCUCGGGUAAUGAACAAGGCGUGUUUGCUCAGCUUGGUUUUCAAGCACACCACCAAUGUGUCUUCGCCGAAACGAUGUUUGGAACAACUCGGACUGCGUCAUUCGGAGUCCGGUUGUGUCGGCCACUGAGUCGAGCCUUCCAUAAAGGCAAAAACCUUUGUCCAACAUUUGGAAUGCCGUCGAUCCAAGUCAAGGAGGGCCCUGGCUGUCGUUGUCAGGUGAAACCUCGGUCACCUUGUUUGGAAUCUUUGAAUGGACAAGGGAGACAGUGCUAAGCACGUCGACCUUCUUUCGAUAUCGAAAAUACAAAGGUAUUGUAUGUCCUUUGCGAGUGCCUAUAUAAC